AUGAUAUUUAUUUCCGGAAAGGUUUACGGCCAAGGCACAACACCCGAGACGCCUAAUAGGGUGAUCCUACCACCACCCCCUCCACCCCCUCCCAACCCCCCACAAGACUUCCAGAGGGAUGACGAUACCAAGGUAACAGAGCCUCCCAUCACCAAGAACCCACAGGAGCCCAUUGAUGCACUGAUUAAAACUGGAGGGAAGGAACUCACUGUUAGCAUCGAAUUCAAAUCGUUUGAUGCUGCAAAACAAGAAAUGUUUCAGACAACAAUGAGCACUACUUGCAAUGCUUAUUGCAAAACAAAUGGAAACUGUGAAGGCGACUUCAAAGUAGUGGAUGAAAAUGAUGUCAUCGUGUACAACAUAAGUGCGCCAAAGGCAGAGAGAACGACUGUGUCUUUUUACAUCAAGAAUCCUGACGCUCGUACGAUGCUAACGAUGACCACGGAACAGAUAGACAAGAUGGUGGUCCAAGAAAGGGCAUCUCUUGAGAUUGAUCUAGGAUACAAAAUUGAUCUUGGUGACUUGGAUGGUUUCGUGCCAUUUACUAAUGGCCUACUACUGGAGUCAUGGGUCAUAACUUUGCUCGCAGUCAUCGGUUUGUGUUUACUCUUUGGAGCAUUUGUUGCGUGCGUGCAUUUCAGAAACAAGAAGAGAGAUACCAAACUGUCUUUUGAUGAUUUGGAGUUGCAAGCUUCAAGUGCUCCAGUCAAAGUUUUACCAGAGGGUCCACCUACAGGAGCGAACUCUCUCAAAACGAUCAUGGUAGAUUCGUCAACUAAUGUCUAUCAAGCUGACAUCUUAGCAGAGACAAAGAGCGUCUUCAUCAAAGACAAACCGUCUGGAAAGAAAGAUGUAGAAAAUGCUGAGAAUGAAAAACAGUAUGCAGUAAUCGAUGAUAAACAUGAACAAAGCAAACAAGAAACAAUGGAUGAUCUGCCAGGAUCUCCUAACGCCAUCGUCGUGACGGCUGAGAUUACUUCAUCCUCAUCGAAUGACAGCGGGUCUGAAGGUGAACCUCCUUCACCUAGCAACAUCACGAAACCACCAGACUACGAAGAAGUUGCAAAGGAUGGCGAGACGGUGAAUAAACCACCGACGACUGGAGCCGUCGAUGAAGAUAAUUUGCCUCCUCCCCCGUCUCCUGAAGAUGCAUCCCCAGCAGCAGCAUCAGAAGAUUUACCACCUCCCCCAUCUGAGCAAGAGACAAAGGAUCAUGUGUAUGAAACGUCCUUAGAAUCGACCAUGAAAGAAGAGGCAGAGGUUGUGGGUGAAUUGGAAAACCUCAUUGCUGAUCAAUCGAAAAACGAGUCUGCCAAACAAGGCUUAGAUAACUCCGGAUUUGAAACAGUUGUUGGGGACGACGGUGAACCAUCAACGGUGCUUUAAACUUCAGUUUGUGUACUGAUUGUGCCUGCAGGAAGUCAAGACUCAUCAAGGACGUCCAGAUCCAUGUGGCUUUCUUGUAAACAUGUGGCGUCGCAGGUUCUUCCAGUUGUUACCAAAAAUGUGUAUCAUAAUUUUCUUUUCAACUGACAGAAAACAAAUAUUUAUAUUUUAUCAAUAAAAUCUUGUGAUUUUAAAGUGUGUUUGAUAAAGCAUGGUUUAUACUUAAUUGAAAAUAGCUUUUUGUAUAGUUAUGUUAAUUGACAAAUUGUUACAUGUUAAACGUUAUAUGGUUAAUGUAUCCAUUCCUUUUAGUUUUUCAAAGCCUAAUGACUUGAAACGAAGUACGGAGCCUUGGAAGUGC